AGUACACUACAGCGAACUUGAAGUAAAGGCAUUUACAAAUUUGAUCAAUUUUUCUGUUAUUGGAUUCAUAAAUUUAGAUAAGUUAAGUGGGAUCAUGAAGACUGAAGAACGUGUUGAGAAAAGCACAGAUGUGCUCACUAAGAAAGCUUCUAAUAAUAUAAAAUAUAGUAAUCUCACGGCCGCUCUUAUUACCUUCUGCUGUUUGUUGCCGGAAUAUGAUAUUGUAAACAUUAUCUUCAUGAUAUUAGAUCGCAGACAUUGUUCACAACCUGGAGUACUGAUAGGUAUGUUCAUAUCUGUUUCUGUAACGAUAAUGUCAUAUGCUCCAUGUGGUAAUAUAAUAGACUGGGAAAAAAGAUGCAAAUUUAUCCAUCUGAUCGGCAUAAAACACGUAAUCUUGUCUGUACUCAUGCUUUCAACUCAGUACGUAUCGUUCUUCAGGCCCGAAAGAGAUGUGAUAACAAUAUAUAGAUGGAGAGGCCCAUUAGGACAGUUAUUAGCAAGCAUGACAGUUAGUUUUGCUAUUGUAUCUGUUGUAAUUAAAGUUCUAUUUUGGGUAUGUCGUAGAUUUAAAGUAAUAGAGUGGUUUCUGAUGGUCUUAAUGACCACUUUUCAAAAGAAUUCUUUGGAAUGCCCUCAUUGUCAAGCUGAGAUUCCAUUUGCUUCGAUGAAAGUCGAAUGAAUCAAUCAAAUCUAAAUCUACUUCAAUUUGAUCAUGACUUAAAAUAAAAACUGUAGAUAUUCCUGAAUAAAAUAAAACUUUAGAUAUUCUGAUCAAAACUGCUUUUAAUUUUAACUCGUCAGCAUUCCCGUUAUGAGCAUUUUCGCUAUUCGAACUAUCAGACGUCACUAUAGUGCAAGCGAGACGAACGAGGUGAACUGAGUGACCACCAAACUGUAUUUUUGAUUCAACAUUCAACAAGAUUAUAAAUUACACGUUGUUAUAAUAAUAAACUUAUCACUACUUGGACAAUAUUUGAAUAUAAUAUUGUG